AUGAAUCAUCUGCGUGACACCUUGCUCAGCCCCUCGCCCCAAGGCCUCGACGAAAUCCAGGGGGAUGACGGCAUUGCUCAUGAUCGCGAGGACGUACGAAAGUCCAUUGUGCGCGGUGAAUUCCAGGAGCUCCGCGGAGCAGCCUUUUACAAUCGAACCUGGAUCAUAACCGAACGUUACUGCAAUAGCGGUGAUGGCGUGGAUUCCCUCGUCGGGUACAUCCAUCAUAUUUGGUACACAUACUACCAGCUCAGUCGCCAUACAUCUCACGAAACAGCCGACCACAACAGUCUUGUCCUUGACAUCAUCCGAAUUCAGGGGCAAGGCCCGCUGAGCAGACCUGUCCGCGGAAAUUAUGGAAUUGAUAUCGCGCGAACCGUCGAGGGCACGUUGUGGAAUGACCUGCCGUUCUUGGUGACCGAUAUGACUGAGGUUUGGAUGACCGACUUCGCAACAAUGGCGGGCACUCAACGCGUCAAUUUCGCAUCUUUCUUAGCCAAGUUGGCAUCAACGCGCGUCAGUAAGGAUCGGAUGUGUGUGAUCGCCAUCCUCAUCUUCCGUUACACGUUCGAGACCCCCCAAGAAGUUUACCCUUUCGACGAGCCGGAUGACGAAGAUCUAGGAAGAAGCCUCAAGGAUCUCCAGGUUCAGCAUUUAUUGCCAUCCGUAUUCACGUGGAUUAAAGAGGCAGGAAAGAAUCUCCUUCUACUCUCAGAAGUCUCGUGGAAUGACUGCCCGAGCGCCAUUGGUAAUCACGGCCCGUUGCUCAUUGAGUCCGAGUUUGGGAAGCGGUCCUCGACUGGAUUGACCCCAUGGAGAUGGAUGUUCUGGCUUAAGCGACUCCACGAGUUCCGAGAUCAAGCUAAGAAAGUCGGAGAGAAGCGUGUGGAGGAGCUUUGCGACGAUUCUAUUUCUCAGAUGUUUUCAGAUGUGAAAGAUAGGAACUCCGAGGUUCUAAGAGCUUAUAAGGCUGGCGGGGAGGGCAUUCAAAAGGAAAGUCAUUUGACGCGCCUGAAGAAGAUUUUAGAUGGCGAAGACUCUGAUGAUGGCGAGAUCUUUGAGGACGACGAGGACAACAACGGCAGUUGA